AUGACGCUAACGGUGUCUGACUCGUCGUUGGUUACUGACAUGGCAACGCAUGCGCCGUACUGGAAGACGAGUACGGUGAACCUGCUACCGAUUCGAAGGUGCUUGCAAAGUUCAGGGAAACUCAGGGAGUCGGUGAUCCACUUGAACUCGCUCCUGGUGUCUGGGAAUGACGCUCUACUACGCGUCAGACACGUUGCUGUUGAUUAUACUCGAGACUUUGCGCUGGUGGACCAGGGAGUGGUGCCUGGCUCGAGAAUAGUGGCUAAGUUGGCGCUGCUGCCGUUGAAAUUAAGAGAUUCGGAGCUCUCCGCUUCCGAUAAGCUAUUUGUGUUUCCUGUUUCGGCCUGCUGGAUUCAGUGCCCUGACGACCCGUGUAAGAACUGCCUACAUCUUCUACACUUGGACUUUGACGCUUACGAAACACAUAGGCGGUUUCCGUGCCUACGAGAGUUGGUUUAUGGGCGGACAAUUGACGGCGGUUUACAGGAUUAUAUCCGUGUGGCUGCGCCAGAACUGUCUUUGGUGAAGGUACCUUCGCUGGUGUCUCUCCACGACUGCUGCUUCUUGACGGACAUAUCGCUACCGUUUUAUUCGUUUUGCAAAGAUCAUUUGCUUGGGAUGUUGGCUCGGGAGCCGCAUGCUCGGGUUCUUGUCAUUUUGAACGAUGCUGCCAAGGAAGCAAACGAUUGUCUUUUGGUAAUCAACCAUUUGGACUUGGAACACCUUUUUGUCACUUUUGUCGAUAUGGAAAGGCUUCGUAAGAACCCUGCGUUGGUGCUUAACGAUUAUGCUAACGAGUUUCAUCAUGUUCUCGUGUUUGCGCCUGGUGCUGAUGCCAUCAAUGCUGCUCUAGCCAUGAGUGUGAAGACGAAACUUGAAUCGACAAAGCUGCGAUGCAAAGGUAAUGGCCCCGAGGAUAAAACUAUCUACAGAGUGAAACUCUCUUACAAAGAUAAGUUCUUGAUGGAGGAGCUUAUACAGACGUUAUCGACAUUUAGCAAUACCUCCACCAAAUCCAAGAAACCUUUACGGUCAAUGAGUAUGGGAACGCUUAGUUCUGAGGAUCUGUAUACGAAUACUGCUGCCGAUGAAGAUCUGAAGAAGAAACUUCGUUUCAAGAAAGAAGCUGAGGUUGUCACUCCAAGACUGCCAAGGACACACAUUUCAUGGCUUUAUUGUGAUGACGACUACAAGCUUUGCACAGAAGAGGAAAGCGAAUGUUCGCUAUCAAGGUGCCAUGCAACAACAGACAUUAAUCGAUUAAUCAGGCAGAAAUGCCGAACAAGACGUGUUUUCUACACUAAUAGGCCGGCGUGCCACAAGAAAAUGAACGCGUUUAUAUUUGCUAGCGACCAAUGA